ACGUAACGUAAACUGCUGUCAAACAAACAAACAAAACAAAACAUUUUUUUUUCUUGAAAACUCAUGAAUUUACAUAAUUAUUUACCAUGUUACAAAUAGUUAAAUCAAUAUUGAACUCAUCAAGUGAAUCGAGUUCAUCGGACGAUGAUGAUAUCAUUGAAAUGGUUAUGGGAAUAAACGAAUCCGAAAAUAGUGAAGAAGAAAUAAGUGAAGAAGAUCUGCCUCCUCCAAAGAAACGCGUAAAGCGUUCUGCUCUGGACUUUGAAAACAAAUACUUUGGAGAUAUACACCGGGUAUCUCAUUUUACAAAAGUGGAUUUUCUUACUCAUUUUAAAAUUAGCCGGAUUUCCUUUGAGGAACUACUCGGCUACAUCUCUACUCCACAAGUGACUGCCGGCAGACCGCCAAUACCAUUAAAGGAGAGCUUACUCAUCACAAUAUGGACACUACAGAACCAGGAAACAUUCAAACUUGUAGCACAAAGGUUCCAUAUCUCUAUUGGACACUGCGUCAGGGUAUAUCAUGAAACAUGCACCAAGAUUUCUAAUUUCUCUCAUAAAUACAUUGUUUGGCCGACAGGAGAGGCAAGUAAGAAAAAUAUUGAACAGUUCUCUAAAGUGGAAUGUACACAUAAAUUACCUAAUUUGUUUGGCUGCAUCGGAGCUACACAUAUCAAGACACCUCCAUCACAAACUGAUGUUACCUACUAUGAUAAGAAUAGAAACCAUUCUAUAAUACUGCAAGCUGUCUGUAAUGCUCAAGAAGCAUUCUUGAAUGUGAAUGUUGGAUCUCCAGGCUCCUACCCUUACUGCACUGUGUGGGAAAAAUCAGGCCUUCAUAAAAAGUUACAUGAAAACCCUAAAUUAUUACCCCAAGGAGCUUAUAUCAUUGGUGAUAGCUCAUACUGUCUGUCUGACUUCAUGAUGGUACCAUUCAAAAAAGGAGACACAUCUGUAACAAGGUCUCAAGCAAAAAUAUUCAAUGCAGCAAUCACUUCCACAAGAUUUGUUGUGUACAAAGCUUUCGGCAGGCUAAAAGGAAUAUUCAAAAGAUUACAGUAUCUAAAUGUUCUGAAAGUUGAUAAUGCUAAGUUUAUGGUGACUGCAGCUUGUGUUUUGCACAAUAUUGCACUAGAAGAUGGAGUCAGCCAUACUGAGGUGGAGCGGCCGUACCUCGACGCCUGCAACAUAGAUCCAGAGGAACUGGGGAUUGAAACUGAGAGUGCCAAGAGCUUUAGACUGAAUUUAGUUAAGGAAAUGGGAUUGUGACUUACAUAAUAUAAUAUUAAUUAAGAAUAUAAAUAUUAUUUAUUAAAUUGAAUCAGCUUUGCAUGUAUCUUUCCAUAUGACUGGAGUAGAACAAGUUGUUGGUUGUAAACUAGACAUCAUCAUAAUCAUGAUAUCUCCAGUUAAGGCCUGCACAGUGUUGACUUUGAUUCUGUGCUGUCUUUAUCCAACUUCAUUCUUCCAUGCUAUACAUGAUUUUUAAGUAUAAUCAUUUUAUAUGCUCAUAAAAUACAUAUAAAAAACCUGUAUAGUCGAAAAUAAAACAAGAUCAUUUUGGGUAGGUAUUUGUUGUAAGUUGUAAUACUCAACCAUCAUAUCAUAAUAUUACCCUGAAUGAAAAGCAGUUCAAACAAGUGUUGCCUGUUUUACAAUAAAUCUAAUAGGAUAAAUAACAAACAUGGUUUCUAAAAUUAAAAUACUAAAUAAAGUAGGACACAUUAUGUGGGUAUGUGAUGUCAUCCAUCAUUGCCAUAACAUAACAUAAUGUAUAAAAAAGAUCUACAAGUAUCAAAUUUAAAAUGAACCUCAAUAAUUAGGAAUGUCCUAAUUAUUAUUAAUAUAGGUAGGUAUAAGUUAACUUUUUUUUCAUAGUAC